CAUUCUGUGGCUGUAUAUCCCAGUUUAGCUUUCCUCAGCGUUAUUGCCCCGGACGCUUUCGAGUCUACCUGCCCGGACUGCGGCUCGGUUAGCAGCCUAGAACACAUGCUCUGGCGGUGCCCCUCGUUACGGGGACCCAGUAAAGUCACCGAGGAGGAGUGGAGCUCUGCCAUCAAGAGUUCCGAUCUUCUCCCACAACUCCGGGCUGACCAGAGAGUCCGCGAUGCGGCGGUGAGGCUAGGCCUUAUAGCUAGGCCUCCCGUCCCCACGUGGGAGUGGCCCGCGGUGCUGCCCGUGCUGCUCCAUGUGCGGCGCUUCUCAGAACCUUAUUAAAGUUAUUUGUCUGUCUGUGACUGCACCGAAUGUUGCAUCCGAAGCUGUCUUCAUCCACUUCCGACACACUGCGCUGUACGAAGUUGGCUAUAAUGGGUGAAAAAUAAUCGACUAGGUAAACGAGAGUGGACAAGAUAUUCAUCGUACUGGCUGUGCUAGCCGUAGUGGAUUGUGGUGCAGUAUACAUCAUUGGUUUCGGCUGAAGUGAAGGUUGGAAGAACUCGUAUUUCAGUCUGCUCGCUAUUAUUUUUACGGUGACAGAAGUGCCGCCUCAAGAAUGCCCGUUGCGUGCAUUUCGGUUUCCUUCCGAGUAGCCAGUCCGGUGCCGUGGGUAUGCAGCAUAAAGUAGUUGGGAGGGAAAAUGUGGACGAAGAAGACGGAGGCAGGAAGAGGUAUGGCUCCCAGGCGCGUCUGGACCGGUUAAAGUUCGCUCGAUGACCUACUAAGAGAGCCGCCGAGCACAUCAUAUGUUGCGGCUGUUGCAGUCGCAAUGAGCACCCUUGAUUCUGUAUAAGCGGAGCGGUAACUCGCCGCCGACUUCGCGCUUGCCGGCGAUGGCAUCGAAGGCGCAGUCGCGCAAGAGGCGCGACGGCGACUCGUCGUCGACACCGUCCAGCAGCAGCACCUCGGACAGCACGUGUACGACCAUGUUCGACGUGACGAAGGCUGCUUUCACGACGACGACGACUUCAGAAGAGGACGAUAGCGGCCGUCUGGUUGUCCAAAAAUCCAGCUCUGAAAUUGAGGUGAAUCUGCAGCACAACCCUGCGGCUAUGGGUGUCACCUCCAAGUCACUUCCAGGACCAUCGGCAUUCAAUGUGUUUUUGCCCAUGGGGCGUUCUGUGCCGGUUAUGUUCACUGACCAGGGAAUCCGUAUUCCUGGCUACAAUGCUCCUGUGGCUGCAAUGGAAGCUGAAGAGGAGGUAACCACUUCCACGACCACAACAGAGCAGCAGCAGGAAGCGCAAGGUGCUGCUGUAGCUGGCAUCUUCCAGUUGCUUCCUGUCGGGUCAUACCUGCCUACGUUUGUCAACAUGGAACAGCUAGAUGAAGAAAACGAGUGUGACGAGGACGAGAAGCCAACGGAAGAAUAUGAUGAGGUGCAAGAAGAAGCAGGACCAGCAGCUGGCAUUGUCGAGGCUACUGUUCAUGAGAGAGAAACGUUUGUUCAAAUGCAGGGGCCCCUGCAGGGAGAGACAAUGGGCACCAUAGGUUGGCCACAACCGGCAGCACCGACCUUUUCACCUCUACUGAUGCCACCGCCAAUGUCGCCAACAAUGUCACCACCUGUGCCACAAACACUGCCACCACCAAUGUAUGCCAGUAUGCAAGCAGCUCAGAGCUACAUGCCACAGCAGUACGGCAUGCUACCACCCUUUGGAUGGCAAGCACAGACGAUGCAGAGUCAAGACCAAGCUCAGGCUUAUGGCCAGUCAUUCGGCAUGAUGCCACAGCAGGCACAGUGGCCAGCGUAUCCAGCACUUUGGCCGGCAAUGCAGUGGCAGUUGGGGCAGUCGCAGUGGUUGCAGAGCCAAUACACGCAAGAAGGUUCCCAAAUGGUUCAACAGCAGCAACAGCAACAGCAGCCCCAACAGGAGCUCAUUAUGGACCAACUGCAGCAAGAUAUUCUUUUGUCACGUAAAAGAGGUCAAUCACCUGUACGUUUGUCAGGGAGAGUUCGCAGUAGGUCGUUACCUUGCCGAAUAUCUAGGGAGGGGCUGCCUUCACAGACGUCUCUGACAGAAGUAGAGGUGCAAGCGCAUCUUGGUUCACUGCCUGGUGCAGUUCACCGAGUUCUGUCAACACAGCCCUCCCUGCAACAUCUUGAACGAAAAUGUGUAAGUGCAGAAUCGAUGACGUAUGUGGAUACAAUUGACAAGCUGCCUGGAAAGGAGGGCAGAAUUGAGGUCUCCCGAGUGAUACAUGUGUCAUCUGACCAGCUGGCUACAGAUGCUACACAUACUACACAGGCAACAUUGAGAACAGAGACCUGUCCUACAAUACAAGAGCUUCAAAGUAAGAAGGUGCUGCUUGGACAUCAUGCAGCUAAUGUGCCUACAAACAUUUCCUCACAAGAGGAGUCGAGAGGACAAAGACUUGAACCACAUUGUGUGUCUCGGGGAGCUCAGAUGACCUCUGUAGUUAGUGCUGCUGGAACUGCCUGUGCAGAUGGAACGACACAGAUUUCAACAAGCCCACUACGGGUGUUUGUUUCUGAAGUGCCGUACAAACAGACAGGAAGUCAGGCAGUUCAGACAUUAUCCUUUGAAUCUGUGACCGCAUUACCUGGUCAUGCCACUCAGACAAUUUCAUUUGGGCAACACAGUGGAGGGAUUCAGACUGACGUGCUCACCCGUUCAACCUCUGUUCCCACACUAACUGUUGGCUUGAAUCCUCAGCAGCAACGAGAUUUCACUGCACAGCAUGGAGGUGUUUUCCAGCCUUCCCAAGAGCCACUAAUGCUGCCUGAAAGACCAUGUUGUGAUAUUGAGGUACAGUGCAACUAUGAGCCCUUUGUCCACACUACAACAAGGCCUUUGCAUGAUAUUGAAGUGCAAUUCGGGCACGAACCUGUUAAAGACUUCACAAAGGACAUUCAAGCUCAAUCUGAGCAGCCAGUGCAUGACUUUGGCAUUCAGUGUGUGUACGAACCUGACAGUGUGAUGACGAGGACCAUUUUCAGAGCUGAGAGAAGACCUAUGCAUGAUUUUGAGCAGCGGCAUAAUUAUGAUCAGGUGGACUGGCACACAAGAGAUGCUUACACAGUUCAGGAGCGGCCAAUGCAAGACAUUGGGCUGCAACAUGUUUGUGAUCAGAAAAACUAUAGUGCAAAAAGUACCUAUGCUGUACAAAGCAUGACAAUGCAAGACUUUGGAGUGCAGCAUGAUGUUCCUGUCACUGUGUCCCCACCACCCACAACAGCACACGUCUUAUAUGGAAUGGUAGAAAUGGGUGUUGGUGACAGUAGGCCACAGAGCGUUGUUGAAGGCCAUCGCAGAUUUCCUCAGGGACCUGUGUCCCGUGUCCGUUCAAGGCCAUCAGUGAGCAGCUGUGCAUCAUCUGUUUUUAUGUUUGGCCAUUUGGAUCUUCCUUGCAUGGCAAAUGCUGGCACCCAAGCUGGUGAGAUGGGUCACCACCGUCUGUCACCGACAUUUGCGGUCUCAGCUCCAAGAGCAGAGGCAGCCUCAUACCCAUGCAUUGCUGUCUGCUCAAGGAACACUGUGAGCCAUCCCUGCACCCUGAACGUCGGCAGCUAUCCAGGGCGUCUUUCCCAAAGUGCUCAGACAAGGGACACAAUCUUUCAGACAGAGGAACCAGUUGCAGUCAGGGCUCCUACCAUAGAUGCAAGGUCCCGGUCACCCUCUAGGGAACCUGCUACAAGAACACCACUUAGAGAGGCGGCUGUGCAGACCUUUGCGGGGCCACCAGCACCACAUACCAUGUCACCAUCCUCGUCACCUUCAUACCAUCCUGGUCCAUUUGGAACGUCCCCGUUGGGCUCUUCACAAUGCACCUCACCUGCUCGAGAUGCAGGUCUCCAAACUGAGGGAUUUGCUGAUGCACGUAGAAGUCCUUUUGGAGGGCCUUUCCAACAUGACGAGCUUGUUGGGCAACUGGCUGAAGCUACCAGAGGUCUUGGGCAUGGCAUAAUGAUCCAGGCGAGUUCUCAGGCACCAGCUGCUGCUUGUGCCUGGGGUCCCUCGAAAUCUCAGUACACCAGUGCAGCAGCAGCGGCAGCAACUAUGACGGAAGUGUAUCCGUGUGGCCAUUUGCCUCAAGUGUUGCAGAUGAGAGAGACACCUCCAAGCCCUCCCCCACUUUCGCCACCCCCUCAUUCACCCUCUCCAUGCCCCUGUUUAGCAGGCCAUGGCUGGGCACCAGUUGUGGUGGAACACAAAAUUGGCAUCGGUGGAAACUUGGCACAGCUCCUGACGCUGAGGAAACAGCAAGGCCUCGCUCCUGAGCAGCCUGUCCUGGAAGAAAAGGGCACUUCCGAGGGGCUCCUUGCAGGACCUGUGUGGGGCUCAGCUGAUGGCGAGCAGGAGUAUAUGGACCAAGGUACCUCGCUUAUUGAACAGUCUUCAGGAGUAGGCGAGUACCCAGCUACUGGUGUAGUCCUUGGGGCUGCCGGCUUUGUGCCAGAUGCCUCAGGUGUCCCAGGCACGGUCAGGAGAUCGUCUAUUGAAACAACUAGCAAUGUGACAAGAUCAACAAAAGUGGCUGCCAUACUACCGGAGGUUACCGUAGCCUGUUUUCUUCUGGCCUUACUUUUGGUACUGGUUGCAUCAGCUGCUCUUCUUUCUUGGACAACGCGUCGACAUGCCGGUGUUGUUCUUGCAGGACAAACUACCAAAAAGGCUCUACAUCCCAGCAAUGCAACAUACAUCAUACCACCAUUCAGCAUUCUUCCACACGAUCGUGCUCUGCAAACCAUCGACUCGAGUCUGCACGGGAAGUUCACGGCAGGCACUGGGAGUCACACCUCACAUGGCCCUCCGUAUUCUGGUCUAACGGCACCUGGCCCAGGUAUGACACCUGGCCCAGGUACAUAUGAACUCUGCACCACUGAGUUCUGCAUGAAAGAAGGACAGAUGCUGCGCUACUUGCUGAAUUCAGACAAGGAUCCGUGCAAGGACUUCUACGAGUAUGUGUGCAGCCAGUGGACAUCGCAGCAACUCCCUGGUGCCUCCUACAUGGACGCUGACGGAGCCUUGGCAGCAGAGAUUGAGGCCAGGAUGGAAUCAUUCCUCAAUGGCCCCGAUAUGUCAAGCAUCCGGCCCUUGUUCACAUUCUGGACCAACUGCAACCAUCAUGCACCAGUCCCACAAGACCGUGCCCUGAGCCAUAUGCGAGCACUUGGCUUGGAGCUGCCAGGUCCACGGACGCCAACGUCGCCUGAGCGCCUCAUGGUGCUUGCUGUGACGCUGGCUCAAGAGUUUGGCCUCUUUGCACUGGUUACAGUUGAGCUUGACAGUGAUCCAGAGGGCAAGGUCCAACAUGUGCUGGCGGUUGACGAGCCUGAACUGGCAUGGGGCCGGAUGAAGCCUCCCCUAGUCACAACUGAGCACACCAUGUACUGGGACAUGCUCAUCAGGACAGCACAGCCUCUUGCUUCACUACUGCUUUCCGAUGUCGCUGCAAUCGAGUCCGCAGCCCACAGCUUUGCACGUAUCACCAUGGCCAUGACCAAUGUCUCUGUAGCCCACCGCCACAUCUCGGACCGAAUGGGCCUGUACGAGAUGCACAGCUACCAGGAACUGAACAGGCUGCACCCGCUGCUAAACGGCCUUUUCGGGAACAACCAAUAUCUGCGGCCAUCCUCUCGGCUGCUUGUCAAGGCACCCCGCUUCGUGGACCUCAUCUACAAGCUCCUGGCCACAGACAGAAAAGCCUUGCACCAGUACAUGGUUCUACUGGCACUGCUUCAUUUGGCUCCGUUCCUGGGCGUGCCGGAUGCGUCCAGUGCCUUCCUGGGAUCCCUGACGGGCGAGGCCGUGACUUGGCAGACACCGCCGCGGUGGCGUGUCUGCCUGCGCCUGGCAGAGCGCACCCUGCCCAACCUGAUGCAGGUGGCCUACGAACAGGUCUUCAAGGGAAGCCCCAUCUUUGAUGAAGUCAUGGGGGACAUCAUGGUGGAUGAAGUGCGUAAUGGCCUUGUCGAGUUCAUCGACAGUCUGAGAAUUUUGGAUGCCUGGUCCAAGAUCAUCGCCAAGAUUAAAGUUCGGGAUACCAAAGUCUACACCUUCUAUCCCAUCGUUCUGGCUGACCCCAAGAACUUGAAUGCGUAUGUCAGGAAGCUGGAACGAAGUGUCACCUGGGAAGGAGACAUAAUGGAGUAUUACAUACGACUUCGAGGCUUUCUGGCGCAAAUGAAGGAGCAGGAUGAGACCCUUGAUUUUUUUCUGCCUAGGUGGAAGCACUCCAUCUUCGACCCAGAAUGCGUUUACUACCCACGAAGAGAUGUGGUGUAUGUUCCCGUGGGUUUCUUCAACCUAAGCGUUCCCACAAGCCCGGGCGAGAGGAUGUUCCACGUUCCGCGUACCGGGCCACGGCUCAUUGGCUGCUUCUUCAGGGUCAUUUUGGAGAACACCGGCCUGUACAAACCAGAGGGCCUCUGGUGGACAGAAGCGACGCGGGCUGCUUUCCAGGAGAGCACGGCCUGUCUUGAGGAGAAGCGCGACCAGAUGGUUUUACAGCAUAGAGGGAUCGAUCUGCACGAUGUGAGCAGGCGCCUCAACUUGCAAGGCCUGAGUGACAUUGAGGACAAUGUAGCUGUGCGUAUCUCGGUAAAGGUGUAUGACGACCGGCUGUUUACAAACCGGUACCUCAACCGGGACUACAGGCUUCCUGGAGUAGAGCACUUGUCUUCCCGCCAGCUUUUCUUCAUCUACCUUGCCCGGAGUCACUGCGAGGCUCCUUCAGUUGAAAAAAGCAUUGAAGACAUUCGCUGCUCAUACAAGAGCAAAGGAAGAUACAGGACAAACCUGGCCUUGAGCAACAACCGUGAAUUCGCUGAUGCGUUUCAGUGUGCCUCUGGCACAGAGAUGAACCCUACGACACAGUGUUCUGUCUGGAGCUGAAGGGUCAUGCCCAUUACUUAUUUUUAUAAAUCUAGCUAGGUGUAAUAAAAUGUGUACUUGCUCUGUUGUACAGAUGCCAUAGCCAGCAA